AUGCGACGUUUCUCCACGCGUGCGCUGCUUCAUUCAAAAGCAAAGCCACCGCUUCUAUCCGCCAGAUCCCCCCUCCCCCUCUCUAUCUCCGCUUCUCGUUUUACUCCGACUCCAAGACCCAAUCGUUUACGUUCCUCUCCCCUCGCUCAAACCUCCAAGAGAUACUGUUCCUACCGCAGAAUGUGUCACGCUCGUCGCGACGAGGUCUCUGGCUCGACCAAUGUCCAGGGCCGUGAGGUCCUGCCGACUAAUGUCAAGCCGGUGCAUUACGAUUUGACCCUCGAACCCAAUUUCGAGAAGUUUACCUAUGAUGGAACAGUCUUGAUUGACUUGAACGUCAACGAAGACACCGACUUCAUCUCCCUCAACUCCAACGAGAUCACAAUCCACAGCGCAGCCGUUCUGUCCAAGGGCACAGUCGUCGAGUCGAACCCUCAGAUUUCCAUGAAGAAGGAUGAUCAAACCGCUACCAUUAAGUUCAACCAGGCCCUCGCGGCCGGCUCCGAUGCCCAGCUGAAGCUCACCUUCACUGGUAUCUUGAAUGACAACAUGGCCGGUUUCUACCGAUCCUCAUACAAGGAGAAUGGCGAAACCAAAUACAUCGCCUCGACUCAGAUGGAGCCUACCGAUGCUCGCCGUGCCUUCCCUUGCUUCGACGAGCCCGCGCUCAAGGCCAAGUUCACUGUGACCCUGGUGGCUGACAAGAGCAUGACCUGCUUGAGCAACAUGGAUGUCGCUUCCGAGAGUGACGUCGAGGGUGGUAAGAAGGCAGUCAAGUUCAACACCUCGCCCGUGAUGUCCACAUACUUGGUCGCCUUCAUUGUCGGUCACCUCAACUACGUUGAGACCAACGCCUUCCGAGUCCCAGUCCGUGUUUACGCAACCCCCGAUCAGGAUAUCGAGCACGGUCGUUUCUCUCUUGAGCUCGCUGCGAAGACCCUCGCCUUUUACGAGAAGGCCUUCGAUAAUGACUUCCCGCUGCCCAAGAUGGACAUGGUGGCAGUGCCCGACUUCAGCGCGGGAGCCAUGGAGAACUGGGGUCUGAUCACCUACCGUAUUGUAGAUGUACUGCUGGAUGAGAAGACUGCCGGUGCUUCGCGCAAGGAGCGUAUCGCCGAGACUGUUCAGCACGAAUUGGCUCACCAGUGGUUUGGUAACUUGGUUACUAUGGACUUCUGGGAUGGUCUGUGGUUGAAUGAGGGUUUCGCUACCUGGAUGUCCUGGUACUCGUGUAACGUGUUCUACCCUGAAUGGAAGGUCUGGCAGACCUACGUCAUCGACAACCUCCAGAGUGCUCUAUCCCUCGACUCUCUGCGCAGCAGUCACCCCAUUGAGGUGCCUGUCAAGCGUGCCGAUGAGAUUAACCAGAUUUUCGAUGCUAUCUCCUACUCCAAGGGAUCCUCCGUGCUGCGCAUGAUUUCCAAGUACCUGGGAGAAGAUGUCUUCCUCCAGGGUGUUCGCGACUACAUCCGCAAGCACGCUUACGGUAACACUGAGACUGGUGAUCUGUGGGCUGCCCUGGCUAACGCUAGCGGCAAGCCCGUCCAGUCCGUCAUGGAUAUCUGGACCAAGAACGUCGGUUUCCCUGUCAUCAGCGUGACUGAGAACCCCGAGUCCUCGUCCAUCAGCUUGAAGCAGAACCGUUUCCUGCGUACUGGUGACGUCCGUCCCGAGGAGGAUAAGGUCCUCUACCCCUGCAUGCUGGGACUUCGCAGCAAGGACUCUGUUGACGAGAACACCAUGUUGACUGAGCGCGAGGGAGAGUUCAAGGUUCCUGACCUUGACUUCUUCAAGCUCAACGCCGAUCACUCCGCCAUCUACCGUACCUCUUACUCCCCCGAGCGUCUCCGUAAGCUGGGUCAGGCUGCUCGUGAGGGUCUCCUCACCGUUGAGGACCGCGCUGGUAUGAUUGCCGACUCUGGUGCUUUGGCUGCUUCUGGUUUCCAGAAGACCUCUGGUAUGCUCUCUCUUCUCCAGGGUCUCGACACCGAGUCCGAGUUUGUCGUCUGGACCGAGAUGCUUUCCCGUAUCGCUACCCUGCGCAGCGCAUGGCUCUUCGAGGAUGACAAGACCAAGGCUGCUCUCAAGGCUUUCCAGCGUUCCCUGGUUUCCAACAAGGCUCACGAGCUUGGCUGGGAGUUCUCUGAAAAUGACGACCACAUCCUGCAGCAGUUCAAGGCUUUGAUGUUCGGUUCCGCUGGUAUGGCCGAUGAUGCUGUUGUUAUCAAGGCUGCUCAGGACAUGUUCGCCCGCUUUGCUGCUGGUGACGUCUCCGCCAUCCACCCCAACAUCCGCGGCAGUGUUUUCACUAUCGUUCUGAAGCACGGUGGUCUUAAGGAGUACGAGGUUGUCCUGGACCGUUUCCGUCACGCCCCAACUUCCGAUGAGAAGACCACUGCUCUGCGCUGCCUUGGUGCCGCUGAGGACCCUGCUCUUAUCCAGCGCACCCUGGGCCUUGCCAUGUGUGAUGAGGUUAAGAACCAGGAUAUCUACAUGCCUCUGAGCGGCCUGCGCAACUCCGCGGUCGGUAUCCAGACUCGCUGGACCUGGCUCCAGGAGAACUGGGACCUUAUCUACCAGCGUCUUCCCCCAUCUCUCGGUAUGCUGGGCACUGUUGUGCAGUUGACCACUGCUUCCUUCUGCACUCAGGCCCAACUUGACGAGGUCAAGGCCUUCUUUGACGCCAAGGACACUAAGGGCUACGACCGUGCCGUUGAGCAGAGUCUGGACGCUAUCCGCGCCAAGGUUAGCUGGGUCGAGCGUGACAACAAGGACGUAGAGUCCUGGCUCGACCAGAAUAAGUACCUCCAGAGCAAGCUGUAA